AUGAGCAUGCCCAAUGAGAGAGUCAUCUUGAACUUUCGUAAAGAGCCAGAUCUCGCUCUUGAGAUCAAGGAUCGCACAAACAAGACCAUUUGCGAAGUAAGGAUUGGGGAGGUGACUUCCCAUGCGCAAAAUGCCCACAAGAAAAAAAACGCCAAGGAUUUGGUCCGAGUUGGGCUCUCUUUGAAGGACGCCUUGGACUUCAUCCAGGACGAGUAUGGCGUUCACGACGCUCUUCUUGUCGGAUGGCAAGUCAUUGGACAAUCUAUGGCGAUUUACCUCAUGUUCAAGUGCGGAAGUCUGUAUAUCAUGGUCCACGUACGCGACGUUACGAUCCCCGACAACCUGACAGAGCUUGGCACAAUCUGCACCCAGUUCAACAUCUGGAAUGAUUUGAGAGUCACAAUCGAGCAAGGAUUGGGUCCAGUCUUGCAAGCUGUAUCUGGCACAGGAUGA